ACAAUGUGAUAAAACACUCCGGACAUUCGAGAACACUCGAGAAAUGCGGCUCGUGUUUUCUACACUUCCCUCGCGUUCUCAAAAGCCCGUCGUAUUUUAUCACAGUGUAAUACACGGUUUAGGCUUCUUUAUUAUAUUUGUUAAAUAAAACAUGGGUUUUUGACCAAUCAGAGUGCGCGCAGGGUUCUAUGUAUAUAAUUAUAAUGGUGUUUAUAAAACAUAACAUGGCCGUUCGCUGUGCUCACUCGUAGAAUAUUUUUCAACAAAAAAGUUUCAUAUCUCUGCGCAGGUAUAUAAUGGAGAAUAUUACAUAUCUCCUUGCGGCGAGAAGAUAUUAAUAUUAUUUUCGAUGCAUUGGUACAAUAAUGUUUUAACCCGAAAAUAUAAAAUUCAUAUCUUCAGGUCACCGUUAGAUUUUCUUUAUGUUAUAUAAAAACAUGAUUUUUUUACCAAAAAAAAACAAACGUCAAAGAGGGGGAACGACGUCAUCGUGAUCAAUAUCAUAAUUGGUUAGAAGAUGGAAAAUACGUCACUUGGGUCCCGGAUGUAGUUUCUUAUAAAUUGUAUGAGUUGUGUGUUGUCCACUAUACGCAUUCGUGUUUAACCGGAUCAACUAAUAAAUCCGUGUUCUUGCAACGUAAGAGCGCCUGGAUUACAAACCGAAGAAAUAACCGGGUCAAAAUUCUUGUGGGCCAAAUGUAGGUUUUACACAGUUUGAUUUCCCUGGGGUCCUGAUUUAAACCAGCCGGGAUGGCAAAAGGUUGUUUACUAGCAGCCAUUGCUCUCUGCCUUGUUUUCGUCGUUGAAGGUUAUAUCAACUGCUCUGAACCAUGCUUGAUAUACAGUGCGACUUCCGAAAUCAACGCCAUCGAGUUAAGUACCCUCACAAGAGUCCAUCUUGUAUCAAAUCUUCAGCGGGCAGUUGCUCUGGAUGUCCAUGUGAGCGAGAGAACAUUCUACUGGAGUGAUAUCAACCUUCGUGUCAUCAAACGAAUGAACAUGUCAAGUGGGAUUGUCGAAGAUAUCGUUACAGGCGACCUGGGAAGUGUCGAAGGCCUUGCCGUAGAAUGGGAAGGUAACUUACUCUACUGGGCAGACUACACAUACAGCAGAAUUGAGGUUGCUUCGGUAGAUGGUUCGAACAGAAAGUUGCUCUUCAAAGAGGAAGUAGACAACCCGCGUGGAAUAGCCUUAUACCCAAAGAAAGGGUUGAUGUUCUGGACAGAUUGGGGAUCACCACCGAAAAUUGAACGAGCAAGUAUGGCUGGUCUUAAUCGAACCGUUCUUGUCGAUCUCAGUACUUCUUCUCAGUUCUGGCCAGUUGCAGUUUUCGUGGAUUAUACAGAAGAUCGUGUCUACUGGAUUGACGCCUACGAUGAUGUGAUUGAUUCUACUGACUUAAAUGGGCAAAAUAGACGAAAGCUAUCCGAUUCAGUUCAUCCUACAAGAAACAUUCUUCCCUUUGACUUUACCGUGUAUGACGACACACUUUACUGGGGCGACUGGUAUAGUGAUACUAUUGAGAAGCUUAAUUGGACAACUGCGGAGUACUUGGGAGGAUUUGGUGUUUUGACUUCUGACCGAGUAUUUGGCCUCGCUUUACUAGACAAGUCAAGGCAACCAGCUUCAGCGGGAAAUCAGCUUUGCAAAAUAAAUAACGGCGGCUGCAGUCACUUAUGUCUCUUGACGCCUAAUGGAUUUGUGUGUGCCUGUCCGGAUGGUCUGCCAUUGUUACCUGACGGAAAAAACUGCUUAGAAGACAUCACAAGAUUUUUUCUUUUUGCCGAGGGAAAGAACAUAAGGCAACUUGAGUUACAUCAUAACUCUAGUAUUUCAUUGAGAAUACCCCUUACAGAGCCCACUUCAAGCCCUGUGGCCUUGGAUUUCAAUUUCAAGGACGAAAAAGUCUACUGGACAGAUGUAGCGAAAGACACGAUCUCCCGAGCAUUUCUGAACGGAUCCUCUCAGGAAACCAUAGUAUCGACUAGACUCUCAAACCCUUAUGGACUUGCUGUGGACUCGUUUGGUCAAAACAUAUACUGGACGGACGGCACUGAAAAUGUGAUUGAAGUUGCAUCCUUGAAUGGACUGCACAGACGCGUUCUCAUUAAAGAUGAUUUGCAAGAUCCAAGAGAUCUUGCUCUGGAUGUUACCAGAGGGUUCAUGUAUUGGACCGACUGGGGACUUGACGAAAGAAUAGAGAAAGCAAAUAUGGAUGGUGCAAACCGAACAAUAGUUAUUCGCUCGGGACUGUACUAUCCUAGUGGCCUUGCCUUGGAUAUAACAAAGAACUGGCUUUAUUGGGUAGACUGGCAUUACGACAAGUUAGAAGUGUAUGAGUUUCCGUCCAAGACAAGAAGGGAAAUAAUUUCUUCUCAUUCUGAAACUUUUCUGAGUUAUCCUUUGGGGCUGGCACUUUAUGGGGAUCAGCUAUACUGGGCGGAUAGAAACUGGAAAGGAAUCUACCGUGCAGAUCGAGACACAGGAGGAAAUGUAGUCAAAAUCUUGUCAACACAAUCUUUGCCUACGCUAAUUCACGCGUAUGACAAGAAUAACACUGUUACACCAGUAACAGACGAGUGUAACAUCAACAAUGGCGGGUGUAGUCAUCUUUGCCUUCUUACCCCAAUGGGGAAAAAAUGUUCAUGCUCAGAUGGCUUCAUUCUUGAGGAUAACGAGACAAGCUGUGUCAAAGCUCCGGUGCAGCCUUUUUUGCUGUUUGCAGAUGCCACUUACGGUAGAAUAAUGAAAGUUUCGUCACAAGACUCUCGAUCGUUAAUUUCUUUGCCGCUUGAAAACUCGAUAAGUCGUCCAGUCGCUCUGGCCUAUGAUAUAGUAGAAGACAGAGUGUAUUGGACCGAUAUAACAAGGAACACUAUCUCCCGGGCAUUUCUGAACGGUUCCUCGCAGGAAGUUAUCCAUGAUUCAAAACUGGCAACACCAGAUGGGUUAGCAGUGGAUAUUAUCGGAAGAAAUAUCUACUGGACCGAUACCGGUACCAACAAGCUAGAGGUUUCCAAAAUGAAUGGCUCUUUGCGCACGGCCAUUGUGACAAGUGGUCUAGAUCAGCCUAGGGACAUUAUCCUGGAUGUUGAUAAGGGAGUGAUGUACUGGACAGACUGGGGUAGUUUUCCAAAGAUAGAAAAAGCUGAAAUGACAGGCCAACAACGAAGUGCUAUCGUGACUACUGGAUUGCGGUGGCCAAAUGGGCUUACGCUGGACAAGGACAAGAACCGUUUGUAUUGGGUGGAUGCCUACCUCGACAAGCUAGAAUACCUAGAUCUAAAUCAAACUAAAAGAGUGACCUUAAUAAGUUAUUCCUUUUACCUGUCUCAUCCAUUUGGACUUACAAUACUCGGAGAUAAAUUGUAUUGGACUGAUUGGAACUGGAAUGCUGUUCAUGAAGCCGAUAAAGAGACUGGCGGUGACAUCACUAGGUUUGUCACGGGUAUUGGACGGCCCAUGGACAUUCACGGCUACAAUCUGAGUGAAUAUUCAUUACCGCAAGGAAACUCUAUAGCUAAUUGCCUGUUUGAUAAUGGUGGCUGCAGUCAUAUUUGCUUACUCUCGCCGACUGGGGGUGGGUGUGUAUGCCCUGGUCACCUUACUCUGGCUGGAGAUGAGAAGACUUGUGAACAUCAAAUUCCUCAGAAGUUCUUGUUGUUUGCCGAUGCUAGUCAAGCAGAAAUACUUGUAUUGCCCCUGAAUGAAUCCAACGCGAAGGCACAAGCUGUACCAAUAGAGUUGAACAUACGUCGGCCAGUUGCCCUCGAUCUGGAUCUGACAGAAAACAGGAUUUACUGGACAGACGUUACUCUCAACACAAUCUCGAGAGUAUUUAUAAAUGGAUCAUCACCGGAAGUUUUAGUGUCCGAAGAUAUUUAUUCCCCUGAUGGACUCGCUGUUGAUCCACUUGGAGGGAAUAUAUACUGGUCUGACACUGGUACUAACAAGAUUGAGGUCAGUAGAAAUGAUGGAACAAUGAGGAAGACACUGAUAUCCAGCAACCUAGAUGAGCCAAGGGAUAUAAUUCUUGAUCUCAUGAAAGGGAGGAUGUAUUGGUGCGACUGGGGUGACGAUCACAAGAUUGAAGUCGCCAACAUGGAUGGUAGAAACAGAAGUAUACUGUUUCAAAGAGGACUUUACUGGCCAAACGGGCUGACAUUAGACGAUGCAAAUAGACGGCUUUACUGGGUGGAUGCAUGGUUUGAAACCAUAGGAUACUACGACUUAGGAAGUCAUACAAUAACAACUUUGAUGAAAAACAGUUCAAUCUUACCACACCCUUUUGGUUUGACGCUGUUUGAAAAUUACUUGUACUGGACGGAUUGGACUUUGGAUGUGGUGUACCAGGCGGAAAAGGAUACACUUUCAGAUUUAAAGGUUGUACUCGGUGGUCUGAGUCAACCCAUGGAUAUUCACGCGUAUGACACAAAUAAAACUCUCCCAGAUCAUCCAUGUUCCCAGUCGUAUGGUGGCUGUUCACAUCUUUGCCUUCUAACACCGGGUGGAUAUCGCUGUUCGUGUCCUGAUAACCUUACUCUUUCGGAAGAUGAGAAGACUUGUGUUCCGCACAACUAUGUUUUCCAGAAAUUCCUUGUCUUCGCCGAUGGCAGUUAUAGUCAGGCAAAGAUAUUUAUGCUUCCUUUGGAUGGUUCCAUUGUGGGACCCACAGCUUUACCAAUAGAGCUCAGCAUGACUCGCCCGGUUGCGCUUGAUCUGGACAUCACAGACAAUAGAAUUUACUGGACAGACGUGACCCUGAAUACAAUCUCGAGGGUGUUUAUCAAUGGAUCGUCACCUGAAGUCAUUAUUUCGUUGGACGUUUUCACACCUGAUGGACUUGCUGUUGAUCCACUGGGAGGGAAUAUCUAUUGGACUGACACGGGCACAAACAAGAUUGAAGUCAGCAGAAUGGAUGGAACAAUGAGGAAAACUUUGAUAGACCAAGACUUAGACCAGCCGCGGGAUAUAAUUCUCGAUCUUAACAGAGGGUUGAUGUAUUGGUGCGACUGGGGUAGCAAGCCCAAAAUUGAACUCGCCAACAUGGAUGGUCAUGGAAGACGGGAACUUGUUACAAGAGGACUAUACUGGCCAAACGGGUUAACAUUAGAUGACUUGAAUAACAGGCUUUACUGGGUAGACGCAUUCCUUGAUGUCUUGGAGUACUACGACUUAAAAAUUCAUAAAAUAACAACUUUGUUAAAGGACGGUAUUCUGCUACAUCCGUUUGGUUUGACGUCGAUUGAUGAUCAGUUAUACUGGACGGACUGGUAUAACCCUGUUGUGUAUAAGGCGGACAAGAGAACAGCUUCAAAUGCCAAUAUUCUCGUCAGUGGUUUGAGUCAACCAAUGGAUAUACACGCAUACGACAGAAAUAAAACUCUUCCAGAUCAUCCUUGUUCCUCUUCUCAAGGCGGCUGUUCUCAUCUCUGCCUUGUAAGACCAGACGGAUAUCGCUGUUCGUGUCCAGAUUACCUAUCAUCUGGUGAAGUUUGCAACUCUUCGGUUUUUAUAUUAUCUUCCUCGUCACCAAGUACAUCCGCCUCCCAAACAAAAACUCCUUCAUUUACCACAUCAAGCUCACCCGUCCCGUCUACCAGUGUGCAACCAACUACUCUGAGUCCUAAAACUCCUUCAUUUACCACAUCAAGCUCAACCGUCCCGUCUACCAGUGUGCAACCAACUACUAUGAGUCCUAAAACUCCUUCAUUUACCACAUCAAGCUCAACCGUCCCGUCUACCAGUGUGCAACCAACUACUCUGAGUCCUAAAACUCCUUCAUUUACCACAUCAAGCUCACCCGUCCCGUCUACCAGUGUGCAACCAACUACUCUGAGUCCUAAAACUCCUUCAUUUACCACAUCAAGCUCAACCGUCCCGUCUACCAGUGUGCAACCAACUACUCUGAGUCCUAAAACUCCUUCAUUUACCACAUCAAGCUCAACCGUCCCGUCUACCAGUGUGCAACCAACUACUAUGAGUCCUAAAACUCCUUCAUUUACCACAUCAAGCUCAACCGUCCCGUCUACCAGUGUGCAACCAACUACUAUGAGUCCUAAAACUCCUUCAUUUACCACAUCAAGCUCAACCGUCCCGUCUACCAGUGUGCAACCAACUACUCUGAGUCCUACUGAGUGUCGUCUCAAUACUUGUAAGAAUGGAGGAACGUGUGUUGUACCAGGCUACUUUUGUGUGUGUGCAAAAUAUUACGUGUGGAACCUAUGCGCUGUUUAUGUUGGUUCAAGUGCUGUGGAGAUGGAGCUAACGUUUUCAAACGAGAAACAAUGGAUUGAAUUUAACUUCAGAGUUGCAAUCGCAAAAGCUUGUACAGAUUUCUUUUGCAAGAGUGGCGAAUGCAAAAGCACGUCUGGGCGAGUUAAGCGUUCCGAAAGGGCAAAAUUUAUUCAGGAUUCUGAUGUCAAAAUACUUGGACUUUCUCCUAAUGGAGAAAAUACUUGGAUAAUUGAGUUUGCUGUCCUAUUUCCAUCUGUGGAUGGGAAGGCUCCACAACCGUCCAAACCUGAAGAACUGGUUCAAAUGGUCGAUAAAAACAAAGAAGUUCUUCAGAAGGCGGUUGGAGGAUCAAUCAAGCGGAUAACAAUAAGAAAACAACCAGAGCAACCGAAAGAAGGCGCAAAAUCAACCCAAGAUGAUAAAGGAACGCCCGUAGGCGCGAUUGCUGCUGGUGUUGUAAGCCUUGUCAUCGUGUUGAUAUUAGUGGCUGCAUUUGUUAUCUACCGAAUGAGACGAAAGAGAGCGCAUAAUUCAAGACCAGCAGACGGCAUACAGUUGGAAAAUGACUGGGUGACUAAUAGCAACUCUCACACUGCAUUUGAUAACCCAGCUUUUGGCCAAGACCCAAUAUAUGAUUCCAUUUCACAAGCAAAAGGUGGCUCAGUGACUGAAAAAAUAAGACAAUGGAACAAUGAUGACGGCAGCAACGGGACAUCUAAUCCAACAUAUGAUGUCGCCAAUGAUGAAGAUCAUGGAAUCGAAGAUCCUGAACCACCAUAUGCCUCUCUCGAGAAAGAAAAGGAUGAUGACGGCAGUAACGGGAUAUCUAACCCAACAUAUGAUGUCGCUAAUGAUGGAGAUUAUGGAAUCGAAGAUCCUGAACCACAAUAUGCCUCUCUCGAGAAAGAAAAGGAAUCUAAUCUCCCACAGGACGCAGCAACGGACGACGACAACUAUGCGAAAAUAAAGCACGAGGAUGAAUCGCACGCUUGAGCCAUAAAAAAAAAAUGUUGUUGUUACUAACGGCCACCUUUGUGUGUGAGCUGACGGUAAUGAUUUUAGUAUUGAUCUUUUUAACUGCACUGUUAAAACAGGAAACUGUGACAUAACGCAUAUGUUCAUCAUCAAUGUAAUUUGAUUUCCUACUAGUACUUUAAGGAAACGUUUCGUUGAAACGGCGUAUCUUAGUCGUCGUUUAACUUGAAUUUACUAGUCUUUGCAUUAAUUAGCUUUAACGAAACUCCUUCAAACAGCUCAUUUUAAAGCGAUCAGGACCAAAGCAAAACCAACCGUGACUUGGCUUGCGUGUGUCUUCUUUUGCUUGGCCCCGUUUAGAGACGAGAUCUGAUUUGCUUAUUUUGUCAUUUGAGUUUUUCGUGAUUGGCCAGAGGUGAUUGCUCUGGUCUUGGUUUUACACGGAAUGAAAUUGAAAACAGUUUUACAUCUAUAUUUCACUCUUUAUGUACAUGUAUUUGUUUUGCUUUUACCUUGACCGGAUUUUGUGGUUUCAGUUUCAAGAAUUUCGUGAGAUCACGCAUAGCAAACGUAAGAGGCCAUUGGUAGCAUAAUCAAGUUUUUUAUCCUAACCGCUGAAAAGGACUAUGUGGGUGACCAAUUACACGUUCCCGUAUGAGACAUAGAAAAUGUGUGGUCGGGAACACGACUAGGUGUACGUUUAGGAAAAGCGUCUUUCUAUUGACGUUAGCACCCCAUCUGGACACUGGAACGUUAAAAACAGGGGUAAAGAGAAACUCAAAUGUAUUCAUAUUUACCCAAAGUAGAUUAUUUCAAUAGUUUAGUCAAGAAGGAACUUUUAAAUGUAUGUUUUUGAUAUUUAGUUUUGAUUUAUUACUUUAUCCUACCAUAUCAAAAACGGAUUCAUUGGAUAAUGCAGUUCAUUGGCUCACCCAUCGUGGUAUACGAGAAAUUACAACAUGCUCUUCAAAUAUGGGGGGCUAUUUCCAUUUUGGUUUAGUUUAGUUUUCUAGACUUUCAUGGUAGUGUCUUUAAUAAAUCAUCACACUUGCGUUUGUAAAGGGGGCUAUUUCUAUUUUGGUUUAGUUUAGUUU